AUGAAAAUAGGUUCUUGAUUCACCAUGGCACUAGCAGCAGUAAAAUGGGCCAUAUCAAACAGAACUAUCUUGAAACAUUUAUUUCCAAUUCAAAAUGAAGCUUUAUAUUGUGUUCAUCAUAAGUCUACAAAUUCUUCUCUUCCAGAUGACAAUAAUUGCAAAUUAGAGCUUGCUUUGACAUCUGACAACAGGACAAUAGUAUGCUAUCACCCAUCUGUGGACAUUCCAUAUGAACACACAAAACCUAUCCCUUGGCCAGACCCUGUACAUAAUAAUGAAGAAACACAUGAUCAAGUGCUAAAAACCAGAUUAGAAGAAAAAGGUGAACACUUUGAGCAAGGACCCAUGAUAGAACAACUUAGCAAAAUGUUCUUUACUACUAAGCACCAAUGGUAUCCUCGUGGACAGUAUCAUAGAUGUAAGAAACUGGACCCUCCAAAAGACAGAUGAUGAUAUCAAAGUUCUCAAGAGUC